AUGAUACGUCUCUUUGUAGUUGUAUUGCUGAUUUUUGCCGCAUCUCUAGCGUGCGCCGCGAAGGAAACGACCUCGGUGAGGACCACACACAAUUAUCUUGAUGAGAAAUAUAGUGCUCCUGUUCAAAGGCUCUUGAGAGCCGAUAAUGACGAAGAGAGAGUCGCUGUAGAAAACGCCUUGAAUUCAGUUAUGACCAGUAUAUCGAAGGCUAUCGACUCCGCUAAGCUGAAAGUGUUUUUGCUCAAGAAAAGUAGCGGGGACGUCGUCAUGAACAGCUUAAAGUUCGGGGACGAUGCGGCAGCUGCUCUAGAACAUUCUAAAAUGAAGACUUUGAAUACGUACGCCACGAAGUUCAACAAGGAGAAUCCGGACAAAACAAUCUCACUGGUCGGGACCCUCACGACCCGCUACGGAGACGAUGGCUUGGCGAGAGCGUUAGUAAAGGUCCAAACGCAUGCAGAUUCUUCAGCUGAGGCUGUGGCGCUGGCGAAGAAGCUGCGAGCUGAACAACUGAGUGCUUGGCUGGAAUCCCAGAGGUCGGAAAUAAUAAUUGCGAUUCAAUAUAUUAUUGGGUUUUUUUUUGCAAUAUAA